AUGCUUUGCAGGCAGAGUAGUACCGGGUGGGCUCCCACUUAUGAUCAGAUAAGAAUCCUCAAGGAGCUUUACUAUAACGAGGGAGUUAGGUCCCCAACUGUAGAACAGAUUCAAAGGGUCUCUCUCCAGCUGAAACAGUACGGAAAGAUCGAGAGCAAGAACAUCUUUUAUUGGUUCGAGAACCAAAGGGCUCGAGAGAAGCAGAAGAAGAAGAUCACUUCGGAUGUUCAUGUGCCCAUGAAAAGAUCAAGGCUUGUCGGUAAUGGUAAUGGUUCUAAUUGGAAACCUGAGGAUCAAUAUAUUAACUUCGGAUCUUCUGCAUCUGCUUCUGCUUCUUCAGCUGGUGUGAUGAUUGCUUUUAACUAG